AUGAGUACUUCAGUUAAACCUAAUUUGGCCAACAAAGAAUUGAUCAGAGACGGAGCAUUCGUCGCCGGUAAGUGGGUUACAGAAGCCGCUGAAACAUUUGAAGUUACUGACCCCGCGAACGGUGAGGUUAUUGCCACUUUACCAGAUCAGCCAGUCACAAUUGUUGACGAGGCUAUUGAUGCAGCGUACGAAUCCUUCAAGACUUUCAAGAAUACAAUUCCUCGUGAAAGAGCCACUUUGCUAAGAAAGCUUUAUAACUUGAUGAUGGAUAACGCAGAAGAUCUUGGAAAAAUCGUCAGUUGGGAGAAUGGUAAGGCGUUACCUGAGGCCAUUGGAGAGGUUAAGUAUGGUGCCUCCUAUUUCGAGUGGUAUGCUGAAGAGGCUCCUCGUAUUUAUGGCGCAACCAUCCAACCAUCCAAUCCUUCUAACAGAGCAUUCACCGUGAGACAGCCGGUAGGUGUCUGCGGUAUUAUAUGCCCCUGGAACUUCCCAAGUGCAAUGAUUACCAGAAAGGCUGGUGCUGCUCUGGCUGCUGGCUGUACUGUGGUUAUCAAACCAGACUCUCAGACCCCUCUAUCUGCCCUUGCUAUGGCUUAUUUAGUUGAAAAAGCUGGUUUCCCAAAAGGCACUUUUAAUGUGGUGCUUUCUCACACUAGGACCCCUGAGUUUGGAGUAAAGCUCUGUGAGUCUCCCAAAGUUAAAAAGAUCUCAUUUACAGGAUCUACAAACGUUGGUAAAAUUCUAAUGAAGCAAUCGGCAUCAACUAUGAAAAAACUGUCAUUCGAACUAGGUGGUAACGCUCCUUUGAUCGUUUUUGAAGACGCUGACUUAGACACCGCAGUCGAGCAGGCUAUCGCAUCAAAGUUUAGAGGUCUUGGUCAGACAUGUGUCUGUGCUAAUCGUUUGUACGUCCAAAGACCAAUAUUAGACAAAUUUGCCUCACUAAUAGCUGAGAAGGUUAACAAAUUCGUUAUUGGCCAUGGUUUGAAAGAGGGUGUCACACAUGGAUGCUUGAUCAAUUCCAAAGCCAUUGAGAAGGUUGAAUCUCAUGUCCAAGAUGCUAUUGAGAAGGGCUCUAAGGUUGUUGUUGCUGGUGGCCGUUUGCCAGAAUUAGGUCCAAACUUUUAUGCACCAACUGUUCUCUCUAACGUUCCACAAUCUGCAAGAGUUGCAUCUGAAGAAACUUUCGGUCCUUUAUGCGCAAUCAUCCCAUUUGACACUACAGAGGAAGUUGUGAAGUGCGCGAAUGACUCUAACGUUGGGCUUGCAGCCUAUGUUUUCUCCAAGAACGUGGACACUAUUUUUACUGUUUCAGAAGCUUUAGAAACUGGUAUGGUUUCUUGUAAUACUGGUUUGUUCACAGAUUGUGCUAUACCAUUCGGAGGUGUCAAAGAGUCGGGUUUUGGUAGAGAAGGUUCCCUCUACGGUAUUGAGGAUUACACUGUUAUCAAAACUGUAACAAUUGGGAACUUACCCAAAAGGCUUUAA